AUGAAGAGGCUUAAUGCCCCUAAGCAUUGGAUGCUUGACAAACUUGGUGGUGCAUUCGCCCCGAAGCCAUCAUCUGGACCACACAAGUCUAGGGAGUGCCUUCCGCUUGUUCUUAUCCUCAGGAACAGGUUGAAGUAUGCUCUUACCUACCGUGAAGUGAUUUCCAUCUUGAUGCAAAGGCAUAUCCAAGUUGAUGGUAAAGUGAGGACUGACAAGACCUACCCUGCUGGUUUCAUGGAUAUUGUGUCUAUCCCAAAGACAAACGAGAACUUCCGUCUUCUCUACGAUACCAAGGGACGUUUCCGUCUACACUCCGUCAAGGAUGAGGAAGCCAAGUUUAAGCUUUGCAAAGUCCGUUCUAUCCAGUUUGGGCAGAAGGGGAUUCCUUACCUGAACACGUACGAUGGUCGUACAAUCCGUUACCCUGACCCUCUCAUCAAGCCUAAUGACACCAUUAAGCUCGAUCUGGAGGAGAACAAGAUCGUAGAGUUCAUCAAGUUUGAUGUUGGCAAUGUUGUGAUGGUGACUGGAGGUAGAAACAGAGGGCGUGUUGGUGUGAUUAAGAACCGUGAAAAGCACAAGGGAAGCUUCGAGACGAUCCACAUUCAAGACUCAAUAGGACACGAGUUUGCAACAAGGUUGGGGAAUGUGUUUACUCUCGGCAAAGGAACAAAGCCGUGGGUGUCUCUUCCUAAGGGUAGAGGUAUCAAGCUGACCAUCAUCGAGGAAGCUAGGAAGAGGCUCGCUGGACAACAGGCUGCUUAA